AUGGGGGCUACCGUCUCUUCUUUUGAUGACAUACAGUAUUCUGUUGUUGUCCCAGGAUCAGAGGCAACGGCUGACCGCACCGCAGUGCGACGCCACUAUUCUUGUACGGACCGCUUGGCAGACAAUUUUUCGUCCAAUCCCGUCAAAAAUGCGUGGGAGUUGUUCCAGAUGGGAGUUGGAAAGGCGCCAGAAGGCCCAUGUUUGGGCACUCGGCAGAGACUACCAGAUGGGAAGAGGGGAGCUUACGUGUGGAAGACGUAUAGAGAGGUGGAACGCCUGGCUUUGGAAGCUGGUAGCGGCCUAUUGAACGGCGAUCUGGUGCCUCUUUGUUGCUUCGAUAGCGGCUCGGAUAGCCCCUUAAGUUUGCGAUGUAUUGGCAUCUUCGCCAAGAACAGGGAAGAGUGGAUUAUUACGGAGCAUGCCUGCAAUGCAUUUGGCAUCACCGCGGUGCCCUUGUAUGACACAUUGGGCUCUCACAGCACGCAAUUUAUUCUUUCAGAGACACAAAUGAAGACCGUUGUCAGCGACGGGAAUUGUCUUCCAAAGUUGCUUGAUGCCUUGCAGCAGCAUCAAUCACAAGAAACAAACAAAGACGGAUCCCGUGAACCCCUUCCGGUGAAGGUCGUCAUCACGCUAGACGACAUCUCAGAUACUGAGAAAGAAACCGCCAACUCGCUCCAUUUGCAAUUGCUACCAUGGAAUAAACUUCUAGAAAUGGGGAGGGAAAACAUGAUUCCCCUGACAGAUGACGUGCAGCCCACGAUGGAGUCGCUGCACACCAUAUGCUACACUUCAGGGACUACUGGCAACCCCAAGGGCGUCAUGAUGACUCACGGGAACUUUGUGGCUGCAGUGUCCACUGCUGUGGAAGGCCCUCUGAGCGAGCGCAACCUCUACCUUGACUCGAGUGAUUGCCUAAUCUCAUAUUUGCCGUUGGCCCACGUCUACGAGCGAUUCUGCGAAAAUCUCUUUUUCAGCUACGGAGGCAGAGUCGGAUUCUACUCAGGAGACACCCACAAACUGCUGGAGGACGUGCAAGUGUUGAAGCCGACAGUCUUCUGCAGCGUCCCACGUCUGUUUCAACGCAUCGAGGACCGAGUCAUCAGCAGUCUCCAGGGCAAAUCCUUCCUUGCUCGUUCGCUCUUCCAGCAGGCAUUGGGAGCGAAGAUCCGGCGGCUUCGUUCUUCUGGUGUUCCUCAGCAUGCAUUAUGGGACAGGAUAGUAUUUGACAAGUUCCGUGGCUUGAUGGGGGGCAGAGUCCGAAUUAUGUUGACGGGGUCGGCCCCAUUAGAUCCCUACAUUCUGGAGAGGAUGCGCGCCUUCUUCUGCUGCUGGAUUGUUGAGGGUUAUGGGAUGACAGAGACGAUGGGCGCAUCCUUCUUGACGUGGAAUGUGUACGAUAGGCACCCUGGGCAAGUAGGUGGCGUGUUGCCAUGUUUGGAGUUCUGCCUGCUUGACGUCAGCGAAUCUAUGGGGAAAUAUUCUAUCAAGGACCCUAUCCCCAAGGGCGAGCUUUGUGUAAGGGGUCCUACUGUCUCUAGUGGAUACUUCCGAAAUCCCACAGAAACAGCAGCAGCAAUCGACCAAGAUGGGUGGCUGCAUACUGGAGACAUUGUCGCGCUACUCCCAAAUGGUGGCAUUCAGAUAAUCGAUAGGAAGAAAAACAUAUUCAAGCUUGCACAGGGCGAGUACGUGGCGCCUGAGAAAAUAGAGGCGGUGUACAUGCAGAGUCGAUUUGUUGAGCAGUGUUUUGUUUUUGGGUUCUCCUCAGAGAACUCGCUUGUAGCCAUUGUUGUGCCGGACCAGGGGCAGACGCUGAAGUGGCUGGCAGAAACCCGGGGGUCUUCCUCCGCAUCCACUGGUUGUCAGCCUUUCGCUGAGCUGAUUCAGGACUCCCAGCUGCAGCAGGCUAUAUAUGAGGACAUGCAACAGGUGGGAAAGAAACAGGGUCUCAAGGGAUUUGAGCUCGCCAGGAAAAUCCACCUACGGGCGGAGCAGUUCACUGUGGAGAAUGGACUCCUCACGCCAACCUUCAAGCUCAAACGGCACUAUGCCAAGGAGGUAUUUGCUGAUGAAAUCGCCGCAAUGUACGCAAAGAUCCAUGAAGAACACCCGUCGUCUUAA